GUGCCAAAGGAAGAUAUAAAUGGAGUUCAAUGCAGAUAUUAACCAGCGAAUUGCAACAAUCUCAGCUCAUCUCCGACCUUCAACUCCGCAGAUGGAGGAAAGUUUCGGUGUAGCUCGUGGUGAUUGCCGGUCAAAAGGAGGAGCUCCAGGGUUCAAGGUUGCUAUCUUGGGUGCUGCUGGAGGCAUUGGCCAACCCCUGGCAAUGUUAAUGAAAAUGAAUCCUCUGGUCUCAGUUCUUCAUCUCUAUGAUGUUGUUAACUCUCCUGGUGUCACUGCUGAUCUUGGUCACAUGGAUACUGGCGCUGUGGUAAGGGGAUUUCUGGGGCAGCCACAGCUAGAGAGUGCUCUCACAGGAAUGGAUCUUGUGAUUAUACCUGCUGGUGUGCCAAGGAAGCCUGGAAUGACAAGAGAUGAUCUUUUCAACAUCAAUGCUGGCAUUGUCAGGACACUUUGUGAGGGAAUUGCCAAGUGCUGCCCUAAUGCCAUCGUUAACUUGAUAAGUAAUCCGGUGAAUUCUACUGUUCCGAUAGCAGCAGAGGUUUUUAAGAAUGCUGGCACGUACGAUCCCAAGCGGCUGCUAGGAGUUACAACUCUUGAUGUUGUGAGAGCAAACACUUUUGUGGCAGAAGUUCUUGGACUGGAUCCAAGGGAAGUUGAUGUUCCAGUGGUUGGAGGCCAUUCUGGAGUCACCAUUUUGCCUCUUCUAUCUCAGGUUAAGCCUCCUUGCACCUUCACUCCAGAAGAAAUUGAUUACCUGACAAACCGGAUUCAAAAUGGCGGAACAGAAGUUGUCGAGGCAAAAGCUGGAGCUGGAUCUGCUACACUAUCAAUGGCAUAUGCUGCUGUUAAAUUUGCAGAUGCUUGUCUUCGCGGAAUGAGAGGAGAUGCUGGAAUUGUGGAAUGUGCAUUUGUGGCUUCCCAGGUGACCGAAUUGCCUUUCUUUGCGUCAAAGGUACAUCUUGGUCGAACUGGAGCUGAAGAAGUCUAUCAACUCGGACCGCUAAAUGAAUACGAGAGGAUUGGUCUGGAGAAAGCAAAGAAAGAGUUAGCAGGGAGCAUUCAGAAGGGAAUCACAUUUAUCAAGAAAUGAUUUGAUGUCUUCACCAUCGAGUCCUUCUACACGUCUCUUGGAGGGCUUUGUAUAUCAUGUAUUUCGCAAGUAGCAGUUUCAUGUUGCGUCUAAAACUAAAAAAUCUGUGAGAAACCAUUCCCUCAAACUGAUGUAAAAUGACCGCAAAAUCAUAUUUUGAUUUCUUAAAUGGACACAUAUCUUAUAUA